AUGGCUCCAAAAACACCUCCAGAACCAGCCCAACACUACCCCUUUUUUUACUCCAUGAGCAGGAAACGCGAAACAGAUUUACUCGUUCCCCACUCAUCUCGUGGCCGCGAAGUCUCUGCGUAUCUCUCGUUCGUUAUCGACUACUAUGAUCAGUUGCCGCCGUUUUCGAUUUUCAUCCACGCCGGUGAAAGCCAACAGCAUAACGAUUUAUUUGGACCAAAAACCAAGAUUGUGCUAGAAAAUCUACGCCUUGAGGCCGUGAGGGCAAAAGGUUAUGUUAACCUACGAUGCCUGCAUUCGCCCGGAUGUCCAAGCCAUGUUCAUCCCAAAAAUCCCACCGAAUUUGAUAUCAAAAAUCAUGAUACGCGUGCCUAUUUCGCACAGAUAUAUAAGGCGCUCUUUGGGGCAGAUAAGCCUAUUCCAGAUGUUCUUGGAGGCAUCUGCUGUGCACAAUUUGCAGUGAGCCGGGACCAAAUACGCCGACGACCAAAGGGCGAUUACUUACGGAUGAUGAACUGGGUGGAUAAAGAAAGCAAGCAGAUGGUGGAUGAUUAUGGUGUUGGGUGGGUCUUCGAGGUAGUGUGGCAUGUGGUCUUCAGCAUGGAAGACGUCCAGUAG